CCAUACACAGGCUACGAAACGAUAUAAUUUUUGUGGUUCGUCGACGUUUAUUAAAUGUGUUGAAAAUGUAUUCAAGGCGAACGCAAACGGCAAGAUGCACGGAACGUUGGAACUGAUGUGAACACGUUUUUGACGAGAUAAAACCCAACAAUGGCGGACGACGAGUACGCGAGAAAGCUGGAGAGCCUCCAGAAGUACAUACCGUUCCUGAACAACAUGAUCACGCAGCUCAAGGAUCCGACGCGCAAGAACCGCGAGCCUCAGCUCAACAAAAUGGAAUCUCUGCACGCCAUGAUCACCGACACGAAAAAGAAACUGAAGCUAGAAACGCUUAUAAAAUGCGAAGACGUCAUACUGAAGCUGUACGAAAAAGUGAACCUCAAUAAGCCACCCCUGAAGGUGGAACAUAGCCAGGUGGAAACGCCGGCUAGUCCAAGUCCACCACGAGACAUCGUGCCCACCAAGCCGGUGGUCAUACCCACUGAAAGUGAAGCUCAAAGGAUUAUAAACGCUGAGACCCUGCCAAGGAGGUCAGAAAUCCAUCAGGUCAUAAGCAAGAAUAUUGAAAUCUUGUCAAGACCACCAAUAAGUCUGGAUGACUUAAAGACACUUGAAGAUGAUGUUAGUGUCAAGUUGGGUGGUCGAAUAUCCGAUUCCCUUCAAGAUAAAUCAGUUAACGAGCUUGAGGUUAUGAAACAGAAGCUUGUGAACAUGUUGGAAGGGUCGGAUAACAGUCCUAAAUCAGAGGAGGAGAUUAACACUACCAUUAGAAACACUAUUGUGCUGAAGAAGAAGCCUUCCACUUCUACAAGUUUGGACAAGUCAAAAUCUAGUAGGUCACCAGAGAAGAAAGACAAAGACACCAGUAAGUCACCGGCAGCUAGUAGUGACAAAAAAGUAAAAAUACUCAAAGACUCUGAUAGCAUCUUUGGUAGUUUACUGUCGAAUAUUGAUAGCCAAAUAAUCGACAACAAGAAGAAGGAAAGAAGAAGUUCACAGUGCGGCAAAGAUGAUUCAAAGAAAGACAAACACAAACAUAAACACAAAGAUAAAGAUAAAGAUAAGGAUAAAAGGAGAGACGACCACAAGAAAAAGGACCACAAACAUAGCAAAGAUAGGAAAGAAAAGGAAAGUCGGAAAGAAAAAGAAAGCAAACCCACAACAGUUCCUAAACCUGACGUUGACAAAGAUAAAACAAUAGAUCCAGAAUUGGAGAUACAGAAAAAGCUGGAGGCUCGUGUGGAGGCAGCCAUUGAGUCCAGUCAGGCCCUUGCCAAGAUUAAACUAGAAGCCGAGGCGAAGAAACCGGAAGUCACGGAAGAACCGAAGUUCGACGCCCAAAAAUUCAAACGACUGGCUGACAAGUACAACAAAAAACCAAAAAAAGUUGUCGAACCAACUGAAACUAUUCCAGUGCCGGAACCCUUACCUCCAUUGCCGGAAAUUAAGAUACCGUUCUUGGAGAACCAAAACACAUUGCCUUCGUCAUCACCCAAGCCGGUACCACCUCCGGAUUUCUCGCAAAUCCUCCAACCCGGCGCCACCGACAUAAUAAACGACGUGGUCAAGCUGCUCAGCAACACUCAGACCCCUCAAAAACCUCCCGACUUCACGGAAGACGUGAUGCCUAACUCCUUCAUAACACACCCGCCAGUCCUGAACCAAAACAACGUGCGAAUGCCUCAGAACCAGCCGUUCCAGAGGUUCGGCAACGAGAGCUUCCAAAGCUUCAACAGGCCCCAAUUCAAUUACCAAGCCUUUCCCAGAGGUCCGAGACCUCAGCGCAACUUCCUUCCGCAGCAAAUGCCCCAAUCAUAUUUCCCCCAUAAAGAGUUCACGCCCGCGGCGGCGCUGGAAGACCACCAGUUCAUCCAGCAACAAAACACGUUCACCAACUUCGGGCCCGACACGUUCAACCAGCCAACCUUCCCCAAUCAGGAGCAACUCAAUUUCAACCCGCCGUCCUUCCCCAACCAGGACCAGCUGAAUUUCAACCAGCCGUCCUUCCCCAAUCAGGACCAGCUGAAUUUCAACCCCACGAACACGGGCAUGCCUCAGCUGUCGCCCCAGGGCGACAUGGGCAACUUCUAUAACGACAUCAAGCCGUACCGCAACCAGUACGGGUUCGGUGACGUGGACAUGAGGGUCGAGAUGGGCGAACAAAACAUGUGUUUCAAUCAAUGGGACAAUCAGAGGAACCGCAACCAAGGCAGGAUAAACAGGGACCCGAGGAACUACAGGGAGUACCGGGAGAUGACCAGACGGGAAAACAAUCAAGAACCGCUGUUGUCGCCGGUCGAAAACCGACCUCGUGAAGGUAUGCGAGAGAACCGGGAUCCACGCACCAAUCGUGAUCCUAGGUUGGAAAGCAGGGAUCCCAGGCAAAACAAGGAACGAAUCUCGAGGCCGGAACGGAGGGAAUGUGAGGAAUCACGUUCCGAGUACCGGCCUAGAUCCACCAGUAGACCUAGGUCUAGGAGCAGGGCCGGGUCGGAGUCGAGGGAGAGUCGCUUCGAUAAAAUGUACAAGAACGAUUCUCGUAGGUCCAGGUCGAGAUCACGGCCUAGGGAAGUCAUAGAAAAUAUCUACAAGUUAGACAGAAGGAGGCCGGCCUUAACGGUGCAGAACUUCAAAAUACCCAAAAUUAAGCGGGACGCUGAAGCUGAUCGUGAAAAAGGUCGAGAAGCUAUUGAGGAGGGUCCGCCUACUUUAGUACCUGAAAUACCACUCGAUAAAGAAGAGGAUAAAGUAGAUACUAGCUCUAUAUCUCUGUCUACACCAGUUGAGGUGCCAGCUAUUAAAGAAAAAAUUGAUACAAAAGAGAAGAUUGAAACUCCAGAGGCUGAAGUGGUGACGUCAAGUGUAGUUGAUGAAACGACGACCACAGAAACGACUGAGCCCACAGCACCUUCCAGCGAACCAACUAAGACCAAAGAAGAAGACGGAAAAGAUAAGGACGUAGCUGAAGUCUCAUCAUCCAAGAGUGAUGACAAACCUGAAAGUGCUGAACUGAAACCUAAGCAAGAGGAAAGUAAAUCGGAACAAAACAUUUUGGCCCAAUUUUUCUCCAAUUUGAUGGGAAGUAAAGAAGAUAAAAAGGACGCUUUGUUAUCCCUUAUUAGCACCUUCUCGGAUAGUUUUUCUGAAGACAAACUGAAGAAGAUAACAAACAUAAUUAAAGAUGAAGAUGAAAGCAAAACUGAGAUUAAUGAAGAGAAUGUGGAAGCCACAAAAUCUGAACCAAAAACUGAAGACACGGAGGAAGGAAAAUCUGACACUAAAGGUGAAGGGGAAGAAACCAAGUCUGAUAUCCAAGAAACCCCCAAAAAGCCAAAGAAGAAACUUGGUCCCAAAUCAAAGGUGCAGCCAGAAACCCAAACACCUGAACCAGAAGUAGGAACGUCGAAUGAACCUGAGAAGCUGAAGGAACCGGUCAAAAAGAAGAAACGUGGCAAAUCUGAGCUGGAUUUGCUGCAUGCGGACAUUCAGGAGAUGUUCAUACGUGAUGGGGUGCUGACGGCUAGCGGUAAACGUAUGUGUAGAAUGCUAAAGUCCGAACCGCCACCUCCGCCUGUCAAAAAACCAGCUGCGUCCCCCAAGAAGAACGCGAAGCUAGCGCAGCCCGCGUGCGUGGUGCAGGACGUCAAGGUGGUGCUCAACAAGAUCCCGGAGGAGAUGUGCGAGGCUGCAAAGCCGAGGAUUCUACGUUCCACACGUAAUUCACUGCCUGUGAACGAAGAUGUGUCGGCUGAAGAGUCCGAAUCGGCUGGCGAAGAAUCGCCGAACACCGACACCGAAAAGGAACCGGAGAAGGUGCAAAAGGCGAAGGUCAAGAGGAAGCGUAAGUCCAAUUGGUCGGCCGGGCUGAUUAAAAAGAAGAAGAAGAAGCCGGUGGAAAAGUCGCCGACGCCUUUGGAAUGCGACAAACCGGUCGAGACAUCUUUCGUGACGCCAGAUCCCAACUACUAUCUGGAUGAGUCUCUCAAGAUGACUUGUAAGUUGUGCCCUUUCACCACCAAGUACCUGGCCACGCACUAUAGGAACGAGCACCCGGAGGAGGAAAUACUGUCGUCCAGACCGUCUCCGGAACACGCCAAAGAAGCCAUCGAGGAUGCCAAGCAGAAUCUCAAGAUAUACGAGGCGAUGGAGCUCAAGGGUAGCAAACGCUAUGAGUACGAGUGUUGGUUUUGCCCUUACAAAGGGUUGUGCCACCCGUACGUCUACUAUGAACACGUCUCUAAUCACACGGGUGAAUUCCGAUUCUCCUGUGCUGAGUGCAACUUCGUCGUCAGCAAUAGUAAGGCCCUAAAAGCCCACAAUCAGAAAGAACACAACGAUAAGGGUCAGAAGAGCAUACAGCCCCUCAACUUGCCCAAAUCCAUGUUGUUCCUGUAUCUUUGUGGCGAGUGCAACUACACGCAGAUCAACGAGGACAAAGUUAAGGAACACGUUACCACGAGACAUAAGACUGCCAAAAUCCACAAAAUACACGGAUCUCGAUUACUGCGCGACCCCGAUGAAGGUACGUCGCCAACUGUGAAUGACAAUGAAUCUCCAAUAACCAAACGUAAGCUAUCGGAAUCGGAGUUGCCGGACAAACCUACACCGAAGAAGACUAACGUGAAGAAGAAAAUCAAAACCACCAACGCGGACGAUCCUCCUUUACUCACCGUGGAAGAACCUAAGAACAAACCCAACCUAAAACGUUCCGAAUCGCUGAGCUCAGAGGACGUAGACAUCAACGCCCCCCGACAAAGACGUGCGGCCAUGGAGAAGGCCACGGCCAAAAUGAAGGCGCAGCUCGAAGACGGCGAAGCCAAAGACAAGGAAGCCAAUGAGUCGAAGGAGGUGAGUGCUUCCGAAUCUUCCGACGACCAGAAUGAGGACCGCGAUCCUCCGGUUUUGUUCAAGGAGGAACCGAUCGAGGAGCCCGAGCAGCCCAGGCGGGAUCCCGUCGACAUUAACGUGUUCACCUGCGCCACCGACAUUAACGACGACAACGAGAAGAUCACGCAGGAGAGACUGAAGACCAUGGAGGACAUCAACAAGGCGUUCGCCAACAGGAACUCGUUGAAUUUCGUCGAGAAGCUCAGCAACCGGUUGUUAAGCGAGAAGGACGUCAUCAUUAAGUCGGAACCGGUGGACGAGCUGGAGAUGGAGCCGGAAGUGGAGGUGCCGGUGGCUUCGUUGCUGCCGGUGCUCGAGAAGUCGGUGGUCAAGAAGCCGACGUUAACCGAGGAACCGGAGGAGGUGAUCAGCCGGCCUUCCAUCACGGAAAUGCCGCAGAAGAUAAACGACAAGAUCACCGGCAUGAUCGACAAGCUGCGGGAUCAGCUGCACAAGGGCAAGACUGCGGAGGACGUUGAACGGGACGUCUUACAGUCGGACGACGACAACAAUCAAGAUUGGGACAACGGGAACGACGAUUCCGACAGUGGGCCUCCGCCUUUGGUGCACCUCAGCAGCCUCAAGAUGGAGUGCGCUGGUGCGACCACCUUAUACGCCGGUCGCUACAUCCGCAUAAUCAGGAACAAGAAGAAUUUGUUGAUUUAUGUGUGCAGGGUGCCUCCUUGCGCCUUCUUCACGUACGAACGGGAGAAAUUCGUCACGCAUUGUGACGAAGACCACAAGUUGGUGACUGUGAAAGACUGUGAUGUUUGCAGCAUACCUGUAAAGGGCGACAAGGAGAAACCGUCCAUGUCUGAUUUGUUCAGGCACGUGGAAACUGAACACGAAGACGACCUGUCUUUGGAGUUGAAGCCUGUGGUGGAAGCCGACUCUACAUUGUGCAUAAUAUGUGGUAAAAGUGUUGAGGAUAUGGGUAAACAUAUGGAGAAGCACUCCAUCAAAGACGAGUUGUCUUUGGAGUUGAAGCCUGUGGUGAAACCUGACUCCACAUUGUGCGUGGUAUGUGGUAAAAGUGUGAAGGAUAUGGAUAAACAUAUGAAGGAGCACAAGGAGAACUCCAAAGAAGACAACCUGUCUUUAGAGUUGAAGCCUGCGGCGGUACCUAGCUCCGCCUUGUGCAUAGUGUGUGGUAAAAAUGUGGAGGAUAUGGAUAAACAUAUGGAGAGCCACAAGGAGGACUCCAACGAGGAACAGCUUGAAUCGCAGGCAGCGGUUUUGAAGAUGCGGCGCUUUAGCGGCGACAAGUUGUCGACAAGCAAUGAAGAGGAACAGCCCAGUCAUACUGAUGAACAGAUGGAAGAAGAGGAACCUGUGUCGAUGGGGGUGUUGGAGCCGGCAGAAGCGGACGAUUCGUUCCCCAAAAUGGUCAUCUCCGAGGUGGUAUCACUGGCGGAAACCGACGAUCAAUCGGAAACGGAGACGUCGGAAUUGGCGGUACCACCACUGACGCCGAUAGCAGCCCCGCCCGCCUCAACAAGCGUCGUAAUUGUUGGUGAGAAGGACGUAUCGCCGAAGAACCAAUCCUUCACCAUGAUCAAAGAGAUCAAAAUGAACUUGGAGGAACGGGGCAAGACGCACAAGUCGCAGACUGCCAUGAACAAGUUUUUGAGCUCCAUUUCGGACUUGUACAAGUGUCCAGCCAUGCAUUGCCCUUUCACCACCAACUUCAUCGACUUCUUCGACACCCAUUUAAAGGCCCACCAAAACGAGAUCAAGGAUUUCGUGCCGUGCGUCUACUGCGACUUCAAAACGCCGUUGCAACACGUCUCCACUCACAUCAACAUCCGCCACGCCCACUGUAGGUUCGCCUGCUUCUACUGUCUAUACAGGGCGGUUAAAAAGGAGUACGUACUGAUACACCAAGACAUGCACCACCCUGAUGAAGACUACUCGGUGGUGCAGGUGGCCCAGAUGAAACAAGUCCGCAAGUACUUCUUUCCCAAAUCUCUACCUACUGUUCAGAAGAAGUGUCCCGCUUAUAUAUGUGGCGAGUGUAAGCAAUUGUUCCUCUACGAAGACGAUUUCCUAGUCCAUUAUCCACUUCAACACAAAAAUCUGGCGACACAAACACGACAAUACACUUGUGGGCACGAAAAGUGCGGCCAGGCCUUCAAAAAUGUUCAUCAUCUGGAGAUACACUGGAACGUGAUGCACGACGUCAACCCCUACCAGUGUGCCCACUGCCAGUACAGCAGCAAAGAGAAGAACCUGAUUUUUCAACAUACCAUCGACGAACAUCCCAAUUUGGACAUAGAAGUUUUGGUGCGGUUAAAUCCGUUAAAAGCUCAAGGUAUGAAGGAGUACCCCAUGUUGUACUACACCCAGGAGGCGAUACGCAAGCUCAGUCGAAUAGUACGCAUCCCUUCGGACUUCUUUAAGAAAUCAAUCACUGGAAGCACGGCAAAGAAAGCGCAACCCACCAGCCAGACCGUCUUGGUUACACCACAGACGUUGGGGGUGUCAUCGCAGGUACUCACCAUGCCGAAGCUCGUGUCCAUUACCACCACCAUCCCCACGAUUACCAACGUUACCACCGUGGCGGAGGUGAGGGCCACCCCUGCCUCGCAGGAGGAGAAAGUACCUCCGGUGGAAGUGGUGAACGUGGACUCCAGCGGUCAGGAGGACGACGAACCUUCAGGGCAGUCCGGGUCUGAACAGGACGUGGAUCCUUUGAACAUCGAUUCUGAUACGAAGCCGAAUGCAGAGGUCAAAGACAAAACUGGCGAUGAUAAAAAGAAGUUGAUGAUUACCGGACUUAAAGGAUGUGACCUAUUCCAGUGUAAGUUUUGUAAAUUUACGUACCCGACUUUGGUGGCGUUCAGGAACCAUGUGGUACGUUCGACGACUUGCAAAUGGAUUGACAGGCCGCAGAAGCCUUACGAGUGCAUCCACUGUGGCAGGUGCAUGAGAAGCACCAGCGCCUUAGUUGACCACAUCCAGUGCCAUGGCACCUUGAGGUUCUCUUGCUCAUUGUGCGACGACAAGUUUCCUUCACCGUUACAAAUAAGGAACCACAUGAAGACGCGCCACAACGUCCUGAACACCACCACCACGCCGGUGGAUCCAAACAAGCACCACGUGGACGAGGACGAGUUCAUAGCCCGUCCGAAAUUCGCCAUAGAGCCGUCGUCGUCCAAGGACGCAGCACCCGCAGAACAGGCCGAAUACUCGUCGGAGAACCUCGUGUUCACGCCCGAUAAAAUCGACAACAUACCGAUGCGUUGUAUCUUCAACACGCCCCUCAAAUGCGGCCUUUGCAACUACACCAACAAGGUCCGGACCAACUUUAUCAGACACUUCAAGAUGCACCUGGAGGAGAAGCCGGUCCCAGACUCGGCGCCCAUCAAUCCGGUGCCUUGUCUGGACAAGAGUGAAAAGAUGUUUGACAAGAUGACCAAUUUGGCGUUCAACGGGUUCCAGGGCGCCAAAACUCAAAGCAAGGACAAAAAAGAGAAAGAAGUGGAGACCUACAUUCCGGAGUAUGUGUGGUGCAAACGACGUUACGUGUGUUGCGUGCCUGGGUGCAGCUAUCUGUGUCUGGAGGAGGCGUUCUUACGUCACCACAUGGACGCCCUUCACGGUGAGGUCGUGAUAUUCUCCUGUCCGCACUGCAAAGUCAAACAGCUGUACGACGACGUGGACAGUCUGUUGAAGCACAUGCGUUUGCAUGGGUUGUUGCUGUACAAAUGCGGGUACUGCAGCUUCAUACACCACUUGAAGCAUAAAAUAGAGAAGCACACCGACGACACGCAUCCAGGUAUGGCGGCGAAGGUGGUGAUGCUCCGUAACAUCGAGGCUGAGUACGAUAACUUGCAUGAACCGGUGCCAGUGCCGCCGCUUCCACCUGCCGCACCCAAGACGAGGGAUUGGAGGUGUUCCUUAUGCAAGUACCGGUGUGCCGGCGACGAAGAUAUUAAAAACCACGUGCUGAACAAGCACGAGAUUGAUUCUCAGUACAAGUGUGCCCUGUGCACCUACAAGAGUAACGACAAGGACACCUUCCAGCAGCACUUCGCCGACAACCACGAGAACCAGAAGAUCGACAUAAUUUACGUGUACAGGAAAGUGGAGAAGGACCAGAAGGGCUUGGAGAUCGGUAGUUUCGACACAACGCCCUUGUGGCGAAGAGCCAGGGUGAGGCAGAUCCGGGGCAUUUUGCUGGACGAAGCAUCAAAGGAGGAGAAACCGGUCAAAACCCCUAAAAAGGUGGUGAAACCUGCCCCCUCGAAGCCGGCACCAUCCAAUCUAGACCUGGCUAUUGAGGCUGUGGUUUCCGGAAAUUCGGAGGUACUAAAGUCUAAGGGACUGCUUGAGACCACCGAAGUGAAGGAAGCCAAGAACGAGCCUGUAAAACCUGUCCACAAAAAAGAGGAGAAUGAGCCGGCGAAGCCGGUUGAGGAGAACGAAGGAGAUGAACCAGCAAAAGUGGUUCAAGUAAAAGAGGUGGAUGAACCGGUGAUCGUCAUAGAAGAUGAUGAAGAAGAGUCGCCGAAGGCGGCAGGCAGUACCAGCGUCACCACGUCUUACGGCUCCUUUGGCGCCCCCUAUUAUAAACAGUUCAUGUGCCCGAGCUGCAGCAACUUCAAGACCAAACUGGUGCCCGACUUCAUCCUCCAUCUGUACAAGGAGAUGAAGUGUAAAAGGUUCAAAUGCAAAAUAUGCAGCUCCUUCUCUUGCGUUGCGUACGAAUUUAUUGAAAGUCACAUACGGAACGUGCACAAGGUGGAGCCGAAGCCGAACCAGAUACUGGAACUGCCACGCAACAAGAAACUGGAGCAGUGGGUGCAGCUAUUGCUGCAGUCGCAGAGUUCGGCCAUUAUAGCCAAGUAUGGCCCCAUGGUGAGUGAAAUCAAGGUGGGUGGAACGAAGAAUUUGCCCUGCCCAUAUUGUACUGAAAUGUUCUCCGAUCUGGGUCAUUUGCACGAGCAUCAACUGAUACAUUGGAGUAAGCAGCCAUAUGCCUGUCCAGCCGAAGGCUGUAGUCGGCGUGGUAACAAAAAGGAACUGUUGGAGAUGCACAUGUCCAAGGACCAUCCGGAUUUGAAGAAGCCGUUGAUGGUGGUGGGACCUGUGGUCCACGACGUGAUUUCCGCCCCCAGGAAACCAAAGCAACAAGUGGAGGAAAAGUUGGAGGAGAUCAUACCUUUGGAGGACCCACCGGAGGACGACGAAGAUGAACCUUUGCUAGAGAUCCGGGCUAUAGUUGAUGAGCCAGUUAGACCUGUAGAAGUCGUGAUGUUUACCUGUGACGGCUGUGCCUUCUACACCGAGUUCAUGUCAGUCAUAGAGUCCCACGUUAAGGAACACGUAGGUGUGACCAUAUCCUACAAGAAAGUACGGGCAUGCGACGACGGUGGCAAAUCUAACGUGGCCUGUUAUUACUGUGCAAUAACAGGCUCAGACCUCACGAUCCGUGAGCACCACCUGCUAAAACACCCCGAACUAACCUACAAACCCUACAAGUUCACUUGCGAGCUGUGCACGGAGAAGUUCAUGGACAACAAGCAGAUCAGGACGCACUUCUUGAGGACCCACCCCAACGCGGAGAUACGGUACAGGAAUUUGAGCAACGAGGUGCGCGAACAGAGCAAGUUGGGCACCAGGGUGUUCCGCUGCAACCGGUGCACCUACUCCAACACCAACACGAAGACGGUGUGCAUCAGGAUGCACGUCAGGUCCCACACCAAGCCGGUGAACUGCGGGCUGUGCAAGAUGAGGUUCCCGUUCAUGUCGCAGGCUAAGCAACACUUCGCCAAGAAGCAUCCGAACGAGCCGUUGGCUGUGGAGGACGACGAGGAACGGAUGAAGGAGACGCGUACUAUACUGGGGGACAUUGUGAGGAACGCCGAGCUUUUGGACUUUGUGCCGCCCAGCGUUAAGCCGCCGCCGGUUGUCAAGAACAUUGCCAAGAAGUCGACGUCCAAGCCUGCCCAGACCGUAACCACCAGUGAUAUUUAUAACGACGAUCAAGAUCAGUUCGUCAACAUUUUCGAUUUGUGUCCGGAGGUUCAGAUGGAGACGGGCAAUUCGGAACUGGACGGUAAUAAUUUUGAUUCUUGACCCAUUUCACCGUUGAAUUUCGAGGAUAAUUUCACUUUGGAGGACUUCAUGCCCAACAUUUAUAACUUGUUGUCCCAGGUGAACAUAACUGAUUUCGAACUAGACGAAUAGGAGCGAUUUAAUAAGGACUGACAUUAAUUACAUGUUAGGGGGUAGCUUUAAUUUUAUUUUUCUGAUCGCUCCAUUACAGACUGACUACGAUGCAAGCUAAGUUUUAUUAGCAGGUUCAGUUUACAAUCUGUGAUUUUGUAUAUAGUUUAAGAAGUAUUAUUUAAUAAGUUUAAAAGACCUUGUAAAGAUUUAGAUUGUAAGUAAUAAAUUAAAAUUUUCAUACAAUACCGAUAUUAAAGAUUAUUUUCGUUGACCACUUAUUUUUUAACUGAAUUUUGUAAAUGUAUGUAUGAAUUUAAUAAUAUAUUUCAUUGAAAAUAAAACACAAUAUUUAAUUUAA